UUUUGAAAUCAAAGGUCACAUGUACACAAUAGAGACUUCGGAGUGAAAAAAAUUUUAUCAAAACAAAUAAAAUACAAAUAACAAUGCCCUGCUGUAUGGGAGAAUUCACAAUUUAAUAUGUUCUGUCUGUCUCACGGCAAUUAUUUGAGAAUAAUUUGCGUAAAACAAAAAAAAAUAAUAAAAAAAAAUAAAGUCACUUAAGUAAGCUUAAAAAGCUUUGCACGCAAACGAAAAUAAAUCAUAAAAACUCUUCGCUAUCAUAUUGCUACUACUGUCAUAAAUAAUUGAAAUUUAUGAAAUUACUUAUCACGCUCAAACUCCUCGCUCAACUCGCCACACAGAGCCUUCGAUUGUAAACUAAAUAUUUAGUCGUAAAGCGCUGAAAGCCAAAAUUCUCGGUUGUAUUUUUGACGGUUGUUUUAUGCUCAACAAACAAACACGCACUCCAAUAGUUAGAUGUGUCAAUAUUUAAGGCGUUGGAAAGAACCUUCAACUCGACGAUUUAACGAAAGCGCUCUACUUUCUUAGUUCUUAUUGGCAAUUUGUUUUUAUGCUGGCUUCUGUGUGACCUUUUAACAUAUUUUAUUCUACAUACAUACAAACUUUAAUUGCGCGGAAUUUAAUUUGUGCCUACAUACACCAAGAACAACUGACAUACUACAUACAUACAUACAUAUAUAAUUACAAUUAAUCGUAGUUAAUUAUAUAAGAUGUGCUUUCGCGGCAUCUAUGAAUGCCUGUUCGGCUGUUGUAAGUCAAGAAAUGCACCUGGUCUAAAUGAGAGCUCCUUCUAUGACUAUGUGGAACCGCUGCCUGUAUAUCAAAAUGAAAAAAUCGGCACUUUGAAGGAGGGCAUCAGCUUUACAAUAACCGGAAAAAUUCUGCUAAAUUGCGAGCGGUUUUCAAUCAAUUUCGUCAUCGAGAAUGCAACACGCGAUGUUGCGCUGCACAUCAAUCCACGCCUGCCACAAAACUAUAUUGUACGCAAUACGAAGGUGAAAGGCGUAUGGGGCAGGGAAGAAGUCUCAUCAGCACUGCCAUUCUCGCUGCAUCGUGGCUGCCGUUUCGGCAUGCAGAUCUUCAUAACAGAUAGCGACUAUUUGAUCUCCGUGAAUGGCAUACAUUUUGCCAAAUAUGCACACCGUCUGCCCUACACGUCAGUGUCGACUAUCGAGGUGAAAGGCGAUGUGGAAGAUGUCAGCAUGGAACGCGCCGAUGUGGAGUUCUAUCCCGAACAUAUACCGGGCGUUGAUCCCAAAGAAAUAAGUAUGGCACUGGACAUUUUCCAUGACAAGCCAAAUGGUGAUAAGACAGCGUUAAUACCAUGAGAAGUGGAUGGCUCGAAUUUAGACUGGGCGCCACUGGGUAUUAAAAGUUCGAUUGCCUUAAUGAAAAAUAUCGCCUGUGGCAUACCGCUUCCAUACUAUGGGCUAUUGCCGCCCGAUUCGCUAAAAGUGGGGCGUUGCUUACAAAUUGUGGGCCGUGUUAAAUUGCUGCCACAAUCGUUUUACAUUAAUCUACAAAAGGGCCAACACUACUGGCCUCAUCCGAUUAUCGCAUUUCAUUUUAAUCCACGUUUCUCGAAGCAGAGUGGUGCAAUUGGCAAGGCGAUUGUAUGAAAUGCUUGGUUCAAUGGCGCGUGGGCAGAGGAGGAACGCUCCGAAUUGGAUACAGAUUUUCGGCCUGGUAAAACUUUUCGCUUGGCCAUUGUGUGUGCGGAAAAUGGAUUUGAGGUUUACUUGAAUGAUAAACUAAUAACUGAUUUUAGAUAUCGUAUCAAACCGGAUAUUGUCGAUACGGUGUAUAUACAGGGUGAUAUCAAAUUGCGCAGCGUUGUGCUGCUUAGUAAUUUAUCGCCAAAAGGCACAAGACGCAUUUAUACAAAUCCGCUCUUCAGAUAUAACUAAUCGGUGUUGGGGGACGGGAAGGAAAUCAAGUGUAGAUUCCAGCGCUGCUCGCUGUUCACAGACCCCGAAAGCAUUUGAAAACGUUUAAAGGACUCGGAGAGCGAGGCGAAACUAUAGGCUUAUUAAAUAUGGAUGGAUAUGCGAAUAGAUUUUAUAAUUCUUUAAUUAUUUAGCUUUACUUAUAUAUUUCAUAUACAUUUUCUGUAAAGUUCAUUUUAAGACCAAAAAAAAUCCAAGACAUUCAAUCAAAGAUUAGUACCUAUUUACAUACAUUAUUACAAUAUUAAUUUAAUAAAAAAAAAAAACUUUUACUAAGACACAAAUUGUUAAAUUUUUAUGAAGCUUGUUUCGAAUAAAGAAUGUGUUCUUUAAACAUUAUUAUGUUAUUAAUAUAUGUAUGUAUGUAUUAACAUUGGAAAAAGUAUAGAGAUAAAUAAAUGUCUACUAAUAAGUACGUACUGUAUUUUCAAAAGCUUAAUUCGCUACAAAAUUAAUUUUUCUCUGACAAUAAUUAAAUUAGGCAUCGAAAGUGUCAGUUGGUGAAUAAUUCGGAUGGUUGCAUACAUACAAACAUCAUCAUCGUAUAUAUAAAUAGAAACCUAUAUAAAUUUUAUAUAUUCGAUAUGAUAAACAUAUGUAUGUCUGUAUGUAGGAAAUUCCCCAAAAUUAACUUAUGGAUUUGUGAUUUUUUUUAGUUAAAAAUAAACUUAAAAAAGAAGUAAUAGCCAAAGUUCGUCCAAUAAAAACUUGAAUUCGUAAAUCUUGUAUGUUAACCCAAAAAAAUCGGUACGUAGAUACAGCUGUUGUAUGUAUUUCUUACUGACAUGUAGUCUCUAACAAACGUGCUAUACUCAUAUAUUAAUACCAUUUAAUAAAUAAAUAACCGUUGCCUUUGAAAUUUGUCGAAGUUGGAACUACUUGUUAUUUGUCUAUACAUACUAAGCUUCGUUUAUAGAAAAUUGUAUGCCAAAAAUUAAACCACAUUAUAAGUAGCUGAAAAAAAUGUUUAAUCUGACAUAUUACCGAAUAAUAUACACAUGUAUAUUCGUAUAUUUUAUGAGCACCUUAUUGUUAUUUUAUGUAUUUGUAAACAAUACUUUGACCUUUUAAUGCUAUAAAAUAUUAAAAUGGAAUAAAAAAU